AUGAUGAACAAGAUCCUGUUGGUGUGCCUCCUUUUCAACGCAGGCUCCUCGCUGACCUGCAAAUGGAUGGACAGGGAUUUUAAACUCUACAGCGAAAGUCUUUUGGCUCUUCUCAAAACAAUGAAAAACAACUCCACUGAUGACAUUGACCUGGACAAUGUUGUGUUCUUCCCAAAUGAGCUGUACAACCACGCGUCCAAAGAGUCGCACGAAGAAAGACUCCAUUUUGUGGCACAUGUCUUGGAUGAGAUUUAUGCCCUGUUUGAAGAGAACCAAACGCAUGCGUCCUGGCCCGAGAGCGCAGUGGAGGACUUUUUGGACCUUAUUUCGCAGCAGGCAAACGGCGUGAGAGGCUGCCAAGCUCUAACUCCGCACAAAAAGAGUCACAGGAAGAUGACCAUGUAUUUUAAGAGACUUUCUCGGCACGUCCUACAGCACAUGGACUACAGCGCUGAUGCCUGGGAAUUUGUCCGGGAAGAAGUCCGAAUCCAUCUCCAUAGAGUGCACCUGCUGGCCUCCUCUUAAACCACCACAACAUCAGAAUC